AUGGAUGUCGACGCAAAGAUCCCGGUCUGGCUCGAUUGCGAUCCGGGUCAUGAUGACGCCUGUGCUAUCCUCCUCGCCGCGUAUCACCCUCCCAUCAACCUCCUCGGAGUGAGCACAGUGCACGGCAAUGCGCCAUUGUCGAAAUGCACAGUCAACGCUCUGAGAGUCCUGGAAGCAAUCGGAAAACCUGAGAUUCCCGUUCUCCCCGGCGCGUCCAAGCCAUACUGCCGGACGGUUCACACCGCUCCUGAUAUCCACGGAGCAAGCGGACUAGCUGGGACGGAUCUGCUCCCUGAACCAAGUCGGUAUGCGCUGACCCAUUGCAAUGCCAUCUUGGAGAUAAAAGAAGCUCUCUUUGCCCAGCCCAAAGGCAAAGCAUGGCUUGUGGCAACAGGUCCACUGACCAACAUCGCUUUGUUGUUUGCCGUCUUCCCCAGCCUCGCAGACCACAUUGCUGGAUUGUCCAUCAUGGGCGGAGCAAUCGGCUCCGAUUUCACCCACAUCUCAAUGGGCCAGCCUUACCUUGACAUUAGCGGCACGGCCCAUCCCCGCUCAGGCAAUCGCACUCCUUUUGCAGAGUUCAACAUCUGGGCCGAUCCCGAGUCUGCUCGUUCUGUGCUCCAAAACCCCGUGCUCAGGCCAAAGACGACACUCAUCCCGCUGGACGUAACGCACCAAGCAUACGCCACGCCAAAGAUACAAGACAUGCUUUUGAAUGGUAUCAACGGACCGACGAGGCUGAGGAGGAUGUUCAAUGAGCUGCUCAUGUUCUUCGCCCACACCUAUGCCGAGGUGUUUGGGUUGGCGGACGGGCCGCCCUUGCAUGACCCGCUAGCUGUCGCUGCAAUUUUGAGUUGUCACUCGGAUCCGAACUUCGAAAUCGAGUUCGACGACAGUGGCGGGGAGCGAUGGGAUGUCGACGUCAUUCUGGAAGGUGAACAGGUUGGAAGGACGGUCAUCACAAGAUCGGAGAAUGGCCAGGGCGUCAGGAUUCCGAGGACUCUUGAUCUGGACAAGUUUUGGCGGACGUUGGAGGAUUGUAUGGCUGCAGCCGAUGAGGUCAAGAGUUAUCAGCAUUGA